ACGCCGAUGCAAGCGUGGGGCUAACCCUAAUCCUAACCCUAACCCUCACUGGGACAAUUAGAGUAUGUGUGCUUAAAGGGUAGCGUGGAGAGCAAAUGCGAGAGAUCCCCACUGGCGUGGCGCAGCAUGGCUCCCGUCCUUUCUGCCUUUCGCAAGUUGCUCCCACAACUCGUCACAAUUUGACAUUGGAAGGACGCCGACCACGACGCCGACUCGGUCGCUCACUCCUGCCUAACUUAAGAAUGGCUUGCAACUCACUGAGGACAGCGGCUUCGCUGCGAUCCACACUUGCACAAAAGGAAUCAACCAUCUUCAGGCGGGCAAUCCACGUAUCUCCCCGCUCUUUUCAAGGUAUGCUAAGACACACUGCGGUGACUGCUGCUUUUGAACCUCCAUGUCUGAUCCGGGCUUUUACUUUGGCCGCGCAGCUGCCGUGGCCGUGGCAGAAUCAGAAGGGAAUGGGUCGUACGGAUGUGGACCUACCGCCGCAACAACCUCGAGCCACAGCUUCAGAGCUAGCCCAAUUACCCCUUUCAGAAAGAUUGGCGCCGCACCACUGUCAACGCAGGCGUCGACACCAUCCACGCCCCGGGAACCAAUAAUCGACUCUCCACUGGCCAGGCCGGCAGGUCACUCACAACAAUCGAGGCCUUGGAGCAGAGAGACGAGUGCAGCAUUAGACCUCCUACGCAGCCAGGACAAAUACUACGCCAUCGUAGAACUUAAAAGCCGACCAUACUACGUCAACUUGAACGAUGUCCUGAUAACGAUGCGAAUGAAUGAGUUGGAGCUGGGCGACAUCAUCCAGCUGGAUCGGGUGCGGGAAAUAGGGAGUAGAGAUUUUGUCCUGAAGGGGAACCCAUAUGUAGAUCCCAGCUACUUCACGAUCAAAGCGGUGGCGAUUGAGCAUCCAGUGAGUCGGGAAAUCAAAACGAUUCACAAAAAGCGACGAGGGAGGGAUCGGGUUGCGUUCAACCACUCACAUCAUACGGCAUUGCGAAUCGCGACGAUCAAGAUCAACGAUCAGUGAAGCUUGUA